AUGGAGCACUACAAGCUCACUUCUGCUAAGAGACUGCAAAAGAACCUCCAACCCAUCAAAUUCUGCCACUUGGUCAACCAUAUUGCGGAAAGUGAUAGCACUCUCCGCGCUUGCUACCACCGCUUCUUGGAGUUCGACCAGGAAACACUCGCAUGGAUAUUUGCCAUCGAUACUUCAUUCUUGUUGGAGUAUCUUCAAACCUACUCUGCCAAAACGGAAGGUUCGCUUAUGCGAAUCUCUUCUAAGAUGGCACAUCUGAUCGACCAUACAAGAAGGAAAACCGCACACCACGCGAUCCUCAGGGAUAUUAUAAUGCUGGAAAACCAAAUCCCUCUCUUUUUGCUCAGAGAAGUCCACAGUUUUUAUCUGUUGCAUGAAGAUCAUGACCAAGCAUUAGCCACAAUGCUGAUGGGUUUCUGCAAAGAUCUAUCACCCAUCAAGUACAUUAAUUACCAACAUUUUAGAGAAGAAUGUUUCGAGAGAGCUCAUUUGCUAGACCUUCUCUACCACAUGGUUGCACCAAAGCUGCAACUUGUACCUGAUUGUGAGCAGGAGGAGCCGAAAGCGGACGAAGAGAUUGGCUGGUUUAAAAAGGCCUUGAAAUCAUUCUUGGCAGCACUACUUUACAUUAACUUGGCACCGCUCCGCCUUCUCAGUAAACUGUUCAAAUCAAAGGCGGUCAUGCUUUUAGUUACACUACCAUUUACAAUCAUCUCAUAUGUUUUUCAUCUUAAAAACAAAGGUGAUAUAAACAGUCUCAUAUCAUCGGCAGGGAGUAUGGCCGAAGAGGUGGAAAGUGCAUCUCAUGAGAUGAAAGACGAAAGUCCUUUGGUCGAAGAGAUUUCAAUCCCAAGUGUGACACAACUCCAUAAAAUUGGUGUCAAAUUUCAUCCAACAAAGGGUGGCUUGGGAUCUAUCAAUUUCGACAAGUCUUGUGGUACAUUUUACCUUCCGGUUAUUCAGUUGGAUGAUAACUCGGAAGUUGUGCUGAGGAACCUCGUGGCCUAUGAGGCAUGUAUUUCUCCGGAGGAAGAUGUAAGAAUUCUUCGAGAGGCAGGGAUCAUCUUGAAUCGCCUCAAAAGCGAUAAAGAAGUGGCAGCGCUCUGGAAUGGCAUGACGAAGUCUGUGAGGGUAACGAAAGUUCCAAUUCUCGACAAGGCCAUUAAAGGUGCAAAUACUUAUUAUUCGGAGAGUUGGAAGGCCAGGAUUAAUGUGAUCAUGAAAAAGUAUAUAUGUGGUUCAUGGCCAUACCUUACGUUUUUAGCUGCUAACAUGUUGAUAUUGUUAUCUGCCCUGGAGACUGCUUGUUCUGUGUACAGUUGCUCCAAAUGGGUGGCGGCCGCUUUAUGA